GUGCUACAGGCUGCUGCUGCUGCUACUGGAGCCAUGGCGGACCUCCAAAUGAAACUGCUCCGCAAGAAAAUCCAGAAAAGAAACGACAAGAACAAGGAGAGGAAGCUCAAACAGAAGGCCCAGGACGGAGAGCCGGUUAAUGGACUUGAGAAAGAGGCUUUUGAGGAGACGUCUGCCCUCACAGAGACUGAAGUCAAACCCAAAAAGAAACAGCAGCUGCAGACAGAGGCCGCUGUGGAUGAGAGCACUGCACAAAACAGCACAGAGCCCCCAGUGAAGAAGAAGAAAAAGAAGAGGAAGCUGGGAGAUGCCACACCACAAGAGACGCCAGUUAAGAAGACUAAACCCUCCGAAGUAGAGGAGGAUGAGGAGGAUGAGGAGGGGGAUCAAGAAAAGGCCGGAGCUGAGGAUGUCCCGGAGAUGGAGGAUGGGACAGAGGAUGAGGAGCAGCCAGAGCUCCCAUCUGGACUCACAGGAGCGUUCGAGGACACGUCAUUUGCUUCCCUCUCUGACCUCAUCAGUGACAACACCCUCAAAGGAGUCAAGGAGAUGGGCUUUGAGCAUAUGACAGAGAUUCAGCAUAAAACCAUCCGUCCGCUGCUGGAGGGGAGGGACGUGCUGGCUGCUGCGAGGACAGGCAGCGGAAAGACCCUGGCCUUUCUCAUCCCUUCCAUUGAGCUCAUCUACAAACUCAAGUUCAUGCCCAGGAACGGCACUGGGGUGGUGAUCCUGUCUCCCACUCGAGAGCUGGCCAUGCAGACGUAUGGAGUGAUGAAGGAGCUGAUGACCCACCACGUCCACACGUAUGGCCUCAUCAUGGGUGGCAGCAACCGCUCUGCUGAGGCCCAGAAACUGGCCAAUGGAGUAAACAUCCUGGUAGCCACGCCGGGUAGACUGCUGGACCACCUACAGAACACACCUGGCUUUAUGUACAAAAACCUGCAGUGUCUGAUCAUCGAUGAGGCCGAUCGCAUCCUGGAGGUGGGCUUUGAGGAGGAGCUCAAGCAGAUCAUCAAACUGCUGCCCAAGAAGAGGCAGACAAUGCUGUUCUCGGCCACUCAGACUCGCCGUGUGGAGGACCUGGCUCGUAUCUCCCUGAAGAAAGAGCCUCUGUACGUGGGUGUGGACGACAAUAAGGACAAGGCCACUGUGGAUGGACUGGAACAGGGCUACGUGGUGUGUCCCUCAGAGAAGCGCUUCCUGCUGCUCUUCACGUUCCUGAAGAAGAACCGUAAGAAGAAGCUGAUGGUGUUUUUCUCCUCCUGCAUGUCCGUCAAGUUCCACUACGAGCUGCUUAACUACAUCGACCUGCCCGUCAUGGCCAUCCACGGGAAGCAGAAGCAGACCAAACGCACCACCACCUUCUUCCAAUUCUGUAAUGCAGACUCUGGGAUCCUGCUGUGCACAGAUGUAGCUGCCCGUGGUCUGGACAUCCCCGAGGUGGACUGGAUCGUCCAGUAUGACCCGCCUGAUGACCCUAAGGAGUACAUCCACAGAGUGGGCAGAACAGCCCGAGGGAUCAACGGCCGAGGCCACGCCCUGCUCAUCCUGCGCCCUGAGGAGCUGGGAUUUCUACGCUUCCUCAAGCAGGCCAAGGUACCGCUGAGCGAGUUUGAGUUUUCCUGGAGUAAGAUCUCAGACAUUCAGUCCCAGUUGGAGAAGCUGAUCGAAAAGAACUACUACCUGCACAAGUCAGCCCAGGAGGCCUACAAGUCUUACGUGCGGGCCUAUGACUCUCACUCGCUCAAACAGAUCUACAGUGUCAAUACCCUCAACCUCCCCAUGGUGGCACUGUCCUUUGGCUUCAAAGUGCCCCCAUAUGUCGACCUCAACGCUCACAGCAGUAAAGGAGCCAAGCUGCAGAAACGUGGAGGAGGAGGGGGCUUUGGAUACCAGAAGUCCAAGAAUGUCCAUAAGGCCAAGAUCUUCAAACAUGUCAACAAAGGCAAAAGGGACCAGAGACAAUUCUCCCGCUAGGACCUUCCUCCCU